AUGGGGUUACUGGAUGAUGACAAGGAGUUUAUAGACGCGAUAAUGGAAGCAAGUCUUUGGGGCACUGGCACUUAUUUACGUAGACUCUUUGCAGAACUGAUGGUAUCUGAUCAGUUUGCCAGACCAGAGGUUGUCUGGAAUUCUACAUCCGCAAGUUUAAUUGAUGACAUUCUCCACAAACAGAGGCGGUUGAAGGCGUUUGCGUUGGCCGAACUAGAAAUGUUGCAGAGUGCUGGGAAGAGUUUGUCUGAUUUUCCUCCAAUGCCAAAGGCCGAUAAAUCGUUGGUCCCUGAUGUCGGAUGUAGAUUGAUUUACGAUGAGAUGAAUUAUAAUAAGUCUAUACUAGCUGCUGAACAUACCCGGUUGAUGUCGACUAUGACUUCGGAACAACGUAAUACAUUUAUUUGGAGGGCUUUGUCAGUUGCUUUGAGGUCUGAAGGUGGGAUUAUUUUAGCAUGUGCAUCGAGUGGGAUUGCUGCCUUGCCUAUACUCGGUGGAAGAACUGCACAUUCAAGAUUCGGUAUCCCUUUAAUAAUCGACGAGACCUCAAUGUGUGGAGUUAGCCCAAAUACACCGUUGGCAUCGAUGGUGAUUAAGGCUAAACUUAUCAUAUGGGAUGAAGUGCCGAUGAUGCACAAACAUUGUUUCGAAGCACUUGAUCGAUCCUUAAGAGAUGUUCAACAGACCGUAGAUGAGAGAAACAAGGACAUACCAUUUGGUGGUAAGGUUGUUGUCUUAGGUGGAGAUUUCAGACAGAUAUUACCAAUCAUGCCCAAAGCUACCAGACUAGAGAUUGUCAAUGCUUCAGUUAACUCAUCUAAUUUAUGGAGGUACUGUGAAGUCCUUACGCUUACAAAAAAUAUGAGGGUUCUAAGCGGCGCAUCUGAAGCGGACAUUGAAGAGAGGAAGUUGUUUUCUGACUGGGUUUUAAGGGUUGGGGAUGGUACAAUUGGGGAAAUCAAUGAUGUCGACAUAUCCGUUGAAAUCCUGUCCGACUUGCUUAUUCCAAGUUCAGGUAAUCCUAUUGCAUCUAUUGUUGAAAGCAGUUACCCAAAUUUGUUAGGAAACAUUGGUAAAGCAGAAUAUUUUCAAAGUAGAGCAAUAUUGGCACCAAAGAAUACAAUUGUUGAUCAGGUUAAUGAUUAUGUGUUAGACUUGAUUCCUGAUGAGGAAAAAAUUUAUUUGAGUUAUGAUACACCUUAUCGUGAAAACCUAGACGGUGACACGAUGAACGACAUCCAUACGCCUGAGUUUCUCAACACCAUUUUUGCGUCCGGAUUGUCAAAUCAUAGGAUUCGAUUGAAAGUAGGAGUACCUGCAGAGGUAAUAUCUGGAUCUAAUAUAGGUGAAAAAGUGUUUACUCCAAGGUUAUCGCUACGACCGUCUGAUACUAGAAUUCCGUUCAAGUUUAAACGAAGGCAGUUUCCGUUGUCUGUCUCAUUUGCAAUGACUAUUAACAAGAGUCAGGGUCAGUCUUUGAAAAAUGUUGGUGUCUAUCUACCGUCUCCUGUUUUUUCACAUGGACAAUUGUACGUCGCAAUAUUGAGGGUUACUUCGAGGUAUGGUUUCAAGAUAUUGAUCAAUGAUGAGGACGGUCAAGAUACUGAUGUGACAUCAAAUGUGACUUUGGAUUUUCUUUUCUUCAAUAACAGGGUCGAUGUCAUGGAAAUUGUUUAA